AUGUUGGAUAUCUCCAACCUCGAGGAAUACCAGUUUGAUGACUCGACCACUGCCGGUUACGAUACUUUGGAGGCCCAGCGGGAAGUCAGGAAAUACCUUCGUAUUGCCAAAUACGAGAUCCCCAAGCUGAAGGCCUUCGUGAAGCCCUUCCAGCCUCCAACCAAGACCCAGAUCCUCAAGUUCCGUACAACGACCUACAUUGGCGAAGUGAACCACCCCGCCGCCCCCAAAGUGGUCCUCACCGUCGAGACCCAAUCCCUACCGCUCACCAACCCAGAGCUCCACAAAUUCCUGUUGUUGGUCGGAUCACGUUACGAUCCCAUGAAGAAGGUGGUGAAGAUGAGCUGCGAAAAGUUUCAGGAUCGAUCCCAGAACUUCAAGUGGUUGAGCGAUACAUUGGACAGGUUGAUCAAUGAGGCAAAGAACGAUCCCGAGGCUGUGGCGGAUGUACCCUUGGAUCUGAGACAUGCGGCCAAGAAUAUGAAGCCCAAGGUCCGGUUCCCGAAGGAGUGGAAUCGUCCCGUGGAGAAGACAGUAUAG